UCUCUCUCUCUCUAUCACACACACAAUCACUAGAAAAAGUCUUUUUUCUUGUAAGAACAAAUUCAAGACCAUAAUUCAAACUAGCUUUCUUUCACAUCUCACACACACCUAACACCUUAAGCUUUUUCUUCUUCAUCCUCCUCCUCCUCUUCUUCUCCUCCUCCUCCUUGAUCCAUGUCAAAUAAUGAUCAAAAACAAGAUCCAUUUCAUAAUUAUGAUCCUUUUUACUAUAAUGAUUCGUCAGUCUUUCCAUUCUUCAACAUCACACCCACACAAAAUCACAUACAACCUGCAGCUGCAGGGUUCGAUCCUUCGGUGGCUCCCCCCUCAAACACGAGCUUCACUGACUCCUUAAGUCUUUCCAUGGACUACAACACCCUCUCAAGAGCCUUUGACAUGUCUUGCUCUUCAUCUGAUGUUAUCACUGAUCCCAAUGUUGAAGAAGAUGCUAACUUGAAGAGAUUUGCUGUUGGGGAUCAAAUCCCACCUUCAACUCCAAAUUCAUCAGUCUCUUCCUCUUCCAACGAGGCCGGACCUGAAGAUGAUUCAGACAAGAUCAAGGACAAGCAUCCCAGAGAGAUUAAUACUCAUGAAGAUGCAGCAGAUGACAAAUCUAAGAAAAACAAUGCUAAAAAGAAAGAGAAAAGGCCGAGGGAGCCUCGAUUUGCAUUUCAGACCAAGAGCGAGAUUGAUAAUCUGGAUGAUGGUUACAGAUGGAGAAAAUAUGGACAAAAGGCUGUCAAGAAUAGCCCUUAUCCAAGAAGUUACUACAGAUGCACCAGCCAGAAGUGCAGGGUGAAGAAAAGAGUAGAGAGAUCAUACCAAGACCCAUCAACUGUGAUCACCACUUACGAAGGCCAGCACAACCACCAUUGUCCCGCAACUCUCCGUGGCAACGCAGCAAUGCCAAUGCUGUCCCCUUCUCUUCUCGCCGCCUCCAGGCAUAGGGCCUUUCCCCAACAACUCCUCCUCACUCGCUUGUUUCCAAACCGAGCUGCAGCUGUUCCCACUACUUCCACCAUGCUGUACCAAAACAAUACUACUAUGGCCCAUCAUCAACAUCAACAUGAAGGACAGCUCUAUUUUCCUCCUGACUAUGGCUUGUUGCAGGAUUUAGUUCCCUCUUUCUCCCCCAGGAGCCAUAACUAGAGAAUUAGGUACCUAUUUAUAGUGAGUUUUCAUAUUUAUAUGUAUGUAUGUCACUCACUAAUUAUUUCAUGGAUGAUGAUGCAUGAACUAAUGCCUGCCAGUAUGGCUCACACAUGCCAUUCAAUGCGUAUAUAUCCUUGACUUGUUAUAUUUCACUUGAUAUAUAUGCAUUCAUGGAUGAUGGUGUAGUCUUUCUCUUUGGCAAUUGAAAACCCACUUCUGUCAAAAAAGUGAGUGCUCUCAAGGUUUCCUUUCAAGGAUUUUUUAUACCACUUUGAUAGUGACUGUAUGGGGAUGAGCCUUAUUAGGCACGCCUGCUUAAGCUUUUAUGUGAAAUACAUAUCAUGGACAUUAAUUGU